GUUCAUAGAGUUAUUGAUGAUCGUGGCUUCCGGUGGGCCUCGAUCUUCUUCCGCUUGGUGGCUGCUGGAGGCGCAUUCAGGGAGCUGUGUUGGUGCUGCUGGUUAGACGGUUUCUGGUGGCCGGAGCUUGAUUUUGUAAAAGGAUACCGUUCACCAAAUAACUAUGGAUUUUCAACAUCGACCAGGAGGGAAAACUGGCAGUGGAGGGGUUGCUUCUUCUUCAGAAAGCAAUCGAGAUCGAAGAGAACGAUUGAGACAGUUAGCUUUGGAAACGAUUGACAUAAAUAAGGAUCCCUAUUUUAUGAAAAAUCAUUUGGGUUCUUAUGAAUGUAAACUUUGUCUAACACUUCACAACAAUGAGGGGAGCUAUUUGGCACACACACAAGGGAAAAAACAUCAGACUAAUCUGGCACGACGAGCAGCAAAAGAAGCAAAGGAGUCACCAGCACAGCCUGCCCCAGAAAAGGUUAAAGUGGAAGUGAAAAAGUUUGUGAAAAUUGGGCGGCCAGGUUAUAAAGUGACCAAACAGAGGGAUGCAGAAGUGGGACAACAGAGUCUUCUUUUUCAGAUUGAUUAUCCUGAAAUUGCUGAAGGUGUAAUUCCACGCCAUCGGUUUAUGUCUGCAUAUGAGCAACGAAUUGAACCACCAGAUAGACGUUGGCAGUAUCUAUUGUUUGCAGCAGAGCCAUAUGAAACCAUUUCUUUUAAGGUACCAAGUAGAGAAAUUGAUAAAGUUGAAGGGAAGUUUUGGACCCACUGGAAUAGAGAAACAAAACAGUUUUUUCUUCAGUUCCAUUUCAAGAUGGAAAAACCAUUGCAACCACCGACCUUGCCAAUUGGACCACCUGGGAUAAAGAACAGACCACCACCACCACCACUCAUGAAUGGUAUACCACCAAGAGCCCCCAUGCCACCAGAUGCUCUGCCACCUCCGAGACCAGCAGGCAUGCCCAUGCCACCGAUGCCACCAUCAGGCCCAGUGCCGCCUGGUCCACCACAGCUUCCUCCGGCUCCACAGGGACCACCACCAACUCCACAGGGACCACCACCAACACCACAAGGUCCUCCUCCGACUCCGCAGGGUCCUCCUCCAACUCCGCAAGGUCCUCCUCCGACCCCACAGGGCCUCCCACCAACUCCGCAAGGUCCUCCACCAACUCCUCAGGGUCUCCCCCCUCCGCCAACUCCUCAAGGUCUCCCCCCUCCGCCAACUCCUCAAGGUCUCCCCCCUCCACCAACUCCUCAGGGUCUCCCCCCGCCGCCAACUCCUCAGGGUCUUCCCCCUCCGCCAACUCCUCAAGGUCUUCCCCCUCCGCCAACUCCUCAAGGUCUUCCCCCUCCGCCAACUCCUCAAGGUCUUCCCCCUCCACCAACUCCUCAAGGUCUUCCCCCUCCGCCAACUCCUCAAGGUCUCCCCCCUCCACCAACUCCUCAGGGUCUCCCCCCGCCGCCAACUCCUCAGGGUCUUCCCCCUCCGCCAACUCCUCAAGGUCUUCCCCCUCCGCCAACUCCUCAAGGUCUUCCCCCUCCACCAACUCCUCAGGGUCUCCCCCCUCCACCAACUCCUCAAGGUCUCCCCCCUCCACCAACUCCUCAAGGUCUCCCCCCUCCACCAACUCCUCAAGGUCUUCCCCCUCCACCAACUCCUCAAGGUCUUCCCCCUCCGCCAACUCCACAAGGCCUCCCACCAGCCCCACAGGGUCCUCCCCCUAAUACAGUUCCAUCUAUGAUUAGGCCUCCACUGCCCAGUGAUUCUGUGCCAGUAUCUGCAGCGCCUACACCCCUCCCACCACCACGUGUUCCUCCUCCUCCUCCUACUAACUGACCUUUUUUCAAAGAAUUUUGUGUUUUCAACGUAAUGCAAUUUUUACGGAAAGUAAUUUUGUGUUUAAUUUUGUGUAGCCAUAUUUCUUUCUAGUGUAUAGUACUUUGCUGUACUUCAUCUUUCAUUAAAGACAUUUUUCAACAUU